CUCUUCAUUGUAAGGUGUCUGUUGUUGGUUGGCAUAGGUCAUUGGGAGGUUUAUGUUGUUUAUUGCAAGGUGUCCCUUAAUAGAGUCUCUAUUGAAUUCAUCGUUUUUGCAAAAAAAGUAGACUGAGCUCUUCAAGUCUUACUAUUUGAAGAUGAAACUUUCAUAGAUGAAAAUUUAGAAAUAAAGUGUCAGCUGUCAAUGAACUUGGAUAUGAUCUUUUUGGAGAAAACAUUUUAAAAGGCAGUGUAUCUCACCUUUCAAUGGUUUACCAAAACAAAGGAAACUAUUUCAGUGAGUAUUCAUUUCAUGACAAAGAAUGUCUCUUACUUGCUAUUGGUCAGUUUUACUGAUUUGUCAUGCUUGACUAAUCUUAAGGACACUUGAAAGUCAACAAAGAAAUGCCAACGAAGGUGCAACACACUGCCUAUCACACAGAGAGUUCAAAAAUAUAGUAAGAAAACAACCCUUAGAGCAGAUAUCUAGCAUUUGAUAAUGGUUGGCUUUGAAAUAUAGGUAAAUGUAAUAUUGUCUUUCUCUUUCGAAAAUUUAGUCUCAGAGAACUUAACUACAUUGCAAAUGCACCAACCAAAUGCAAGAAAAUUUUAAAGUGGAGUUGUUGCCGAUAAACAAAUACUGCCAUGGCUAGUACUAGUAGAAAGCAAUUUCUUAGUACUUUGGAUGAAGAGACACCCCGUGAUUUCAAUGCGAUAAUGAGACGAAAUAACAACAACAAUGAUGAUGUAUUCCACAUUGGUGAGGCCCUAGAAACUUUCUCAAAAGAUCAAAUCACUUUAAUGUGGAAACAGUUGUCAAGAUUUUGUGCUUCAGCAUUGCAAGAAUCUAAUUUUGAAGAAGAAGAAAGCCAACCAGAGGAGUUAGUGGAAACACUGGAAACAUUGCAGAAUUUGACCUCAAUAGCACUCCACCAACUGUCAUCCAAAAACCCAGUUAUCACAAGUGAUAUGUUUCAAGUGGCAACUGUAUUACAUGGUAUUUUGUUAUCCUUGCCUGAAAAUGCAGCCAAGCUUCAAAAUGAUAUAUCAAAGUUGUGUGAGUAUUGGUUUAAUGCUGGGUUAACUGGGAAAGAAGAACUUCUCGGCAACACAAUCAUUUAUCUUCUAGCAAGAACACAUUUGCACACACCAACAAAAGUUGAUCUUGAAAGAGUCUGGGAUAUAAGAGAAUCCCUUCAGUUGUUUGACCUUGAAGAUGAAAGCUCAUCUGGCUUAAAGGCUCUUAUGCAGAGGUGUUUGAUGCAAGCACUUUAUCUUGAAACUGAACUGGGAAGGAAGAUUCUGGUGUACAUGUUUACAUUGCACCCAACUGUUGCUGAAGGGUUCCACAGCAACAUCAAAAAUCAGAUACCAUACUGUCAAAUGGUAUUUCUAGAUGCAUUGAGUGAAAUUUACUUCAAGUCGUGGAAAGAAUCAUCAGGGGAAUGCAAGAAGAAAAUAGAAGAAGGCUGUAUUCAAGAUCUGAUGCACUGUGCAGUUCAUGCCAAGAAGGCUAUUUUCGGAAGACUAGCAAGUAUGCUGAAUUAUUUUCACCAACAAAAGUGCCUGUUGGAAGUGGAAGAGAUGCUGUAUAAACUGUACCAACCUAUUCUUUGGAGAGCUUUGAAGGCUGCCAACCCACUAGUACGUGCGAAUGCAGCUUCACUUCUGAUUGAUGCUUUCCCGUUACAAGAUCCAUCUGGUGGAGUGGUUGAAAAUGAUGGCCUUAAGCAAAUGCAAUUCGAUGCUAUUGCUGAAUUGUUACAGGACAGUUUUCCUGCAGUGCGAGCAAUAGCUGUUCUUGGGGUUUGCAAGAUCUGCUACAGGUUCUGGGAAUUUCUUCCGGUUGCUACAAUCAAGGCAUUCUGUAAAAGACUGAUUGAAGAUCUGGCAUUCGAUGCAUCGUCCGGCGAAGUAAGAGUAGCAGUAUUCAAGGGUUUGAAAGUAUUAUUGAAUAACAAAUUGAGCCACACGUUGCUGAAAAUUUUGCUACCAUGUUUACGUGACUUGAUACAUGACAACUCCGAGAGAGUGAGGCGAGCAUUCCUUGAUUUCCUUAUACUUGUCAAGGGUGUUCGCAGUAUUAAGUUCUGGUCAAUUGUGCCAUUAGAGCAUCUGUUUGCCAGACUCGAAGUCGAAACAUCCAUCAGCUGUAUUAAACUGAUUGUCAAACUCCUUGCGAAUUCAUAUUUCCCUUCCAAAGCUAAUCAGACUAUCAAGCUUGCAAACUGUUUGGAACUAAUGCAGGCCAGUAGAGCAGCGGCCAGGACGUUCUUUAGGUUUGCUCAUCAGUCGACCAAUAUCCGAGUCUUAGCCAAUUUCAUCGUUCUACUGAGCGAAUGCUUGUUGGAGUGUAUCAAAAAUCCAGUUUUCCAACCGAACGAUGAGAACAGGGCUAGAAACUUUGAAAAGGGAGCAAUUUUGAGUGAAACGAGUGACGAAUUGUCAAUUGAAGAUGGAGGGCCUGACGCCGAAGAAGACGAAAUUGAUUUGCGCAAUCCGAAAUUGACUGCAUGUAUGAUUGAAGUGCUUACUAUAUCUUGGCUGAGCAUCAAACAGAAAUUGGACAGGGGAAAUCAUGAAAGUUUGAAGGAAAAACUAACUGGAAUUCUUAGCAGAGCAGUUCCUGAUCUGAUGCAAGGUUUCCAGGAUCGAGAGGCAGAAGCAGCAAUAAUAGUUUUGGCUUCAAGUCUGCCUAAAGAAUGUACCACUGUCGUCAGUGAUAUAUGUCUCGAUGCCUUUAAUGAACUGCCCUCAAACGCUGCACCAGAAGAGUUUGGACCCAUCGUACAACACCUUUGUACCACAGGGUUUGUUCCCGAUGUCCUUGAUCAUCUAUGUGGUCUUUUUCACAAAUGCCUCAAUCGACCAGGAAACACAGAAAAGGCAUCGCGCAAAAGAGGCAAAGGAUCGCCAUUAGAAGGACAGUCAAGCCGUCUGGCUGUUGAGAUCUUGUCGUGGAUUCUAGAACAUGCGUCAACUCGUGAUGCCAUUCUCAAAGAGAAAGGCAAAUGCGAAAAGCUCUGUGGUGUUCUAAAAAUUUCAAUGACAUGCCUUGAGGCGAUGUUGGAAGUUAAUCAAGAGAAGGCCUGUGAAGGCAAUCACAACCAAGAGAAGGGAGAAUUUUUGGCGCAAUCUCUCAGUUUAUGUUUAAGACUCUGUAUACACUUGGAAGGAAAGAGAGAAAAUCUGUUUGAACAAGGCGUUAACGUCGUUGAUGAGAUGACAGAGGUUUGUAAAUGGAUGGAUAAAGUUUUGCUGCCCGAACUUGAUAAAUAUGGAGGGACGAGUUUAGAAGAGGCAGCUUCAAAAUUGAUCGGUAAGGGCAAAGGCAAAAAACGGCACCACUCAGAUUCUACUGAUCAAAAUUUUGGCGUUUUUAUCCUAAAGAUUCUUCAGAAUCAACUGGAAAUGUGUUCAGAAAUCAUCAGUCUUGGAAUGGGAUCUUCUAUAUCGAACAGCCAUCUAACGGAAUUCAUUGAACACCUUUCCUGUCACGGUUCAUCCAUCUACAUUGUUCCGGACAUGAUGCGGACUGCGUGCGAUAUAACAGAAACAAGAUCACUCAACCGGGAUCAAGGUUCAGAUGAGCCAGAGCUCGUUCGUAGAAUUGUGAAAGCCUGCUUUGAAAGCAUCUCGAAAGCCAAGAUUCAUUCAAGUAGAGAAUGUGCUACUCAAGUGUUGGCAUCCAUUAAACGAGAUUUCACAGAAAUACUAAAAAACUGUUUCUGUAGCCAGUCAGUUGUGCCAACUUCAAGCCCUACAAUAAUAAAAGAGAUCUGGCUCUUGAUUGUUAAUGACGUCAUUCAUCAUCUUGAAAAUAAUGAAGAUCUGGUACGGUUCAGUAAUGUUAAUGAAUUGCCACUAGUUGCGUCCUUUAUUGUCAAUGCUGUCACCAGAUCAAAACAGCUGCAAAGGGCUUUGUUUGAAGAGCUACUUUGUUAUGUCAAUGAAGAUCAGUUAACAGACCAAAUGAAGACAUCAGCAGUUGUUAUCUUACUCGAUGUUCUCAUCUGUUCUGGAUCCCACAUGAAUGACGAAUUCUUGCAAAGAGCAGUUGUUGAUCUUAAGCGACUUCAAUCUAAAGUCUCCAUGUCUACUGGUGCAUCUGACUUGUUAUCUGAAAUGGUAAGCAAAACAGCUGAAUGUUGAGACUAAGAAUCAUACCUCAUACAGCUAUUCUUGUACCAAACAUGCGAUUGACUAAAUAAACAUCCUUUGAAUCAUAUCAUUGACUUGUAUCAUUGACUAAUCAGUAUAAUACUUCGUCGUGGAGUUACUUGCUUAAAAGUUGCGUUUUGUUGUGUUUUUUCCUCGAUGCCUUCUUCAUUUGCGAUACUUCUUGAUUGCCUCGUUUUAUCGGUUCUUGCAGUUAUUUAUUUUUUUUGUUUAAGAAGUAUUUAUGGCAUGGCAGUGUCUAUUUAAGAUGCUAAAAGAACAGAAAUCAUUUGACUGCAAGUUUCAAUUGAUAAGAAUAAAGUUUUUUGAUCCAUUGAACGAGAAACUCCACCCAACAUUGAAAACAAAGUUUGAAGUCAGAUUUUUAUUUAUAAAACAGACAUAAUCAUCUUUCUGAUUUAAUUUGAUAGACCAACCACAUAGGUUUAAUUAUGCCUACUUGAUCAUUCAGAACUUCUGUGGCACAUUCACAACUGUAGAAACUCGAUUUUCAUGGUUCUAUUGCUUGCCAUGUCCGGAAAAUGCACUAAGCGCUAAAACAAUUACUUAAACAUUAACUUUGGGCGUUAGGGAUCAAACUUGAAGAUGUAAUUACAGUAUAAUAUAUUAUAUUAUUAAUUUUGUUUGGUGUUUUGCUUGAUUAAAUCAUGAUUCAAACAUGAUUCAAACAGAUAUUGAAGAUGAAAUCUAGUAAGUAAGCUUUGCUCCGUAUGUUACAAGACAUUUGAUAAGAACUUGUGAUAACUCCUUUACCAUAGCUCGAACUCGCAAAUGAAACUCAGUUUUAAUAUUUCUUACCCCCUCCCCCCCCUCCUUUUGUUGCCAAAAGUUGCUAUAACUGUUAGCGACAACUAAACGGAAAAUGUGUUUGUUAACAACACGGUCAAGGUUUAUUACAUAUUCUAAGUUAGUACAGAUUUACUGUUACGUCUAUUUCAACGACUUUUUCUCCUAUUGACUCGAUUGCCUUCUGCGCUUCCUCGCAGGCUUGUGAAAAUUGAGCACAAAUCUGAUUCGCUUAAAACAUAUUUCAUUUUUGUUAUGCUACAGCAGAUUGAUACUGUGGAAAGUAGGGAGCUUUCCUGACAAAAGUUUGGUUAAAUCUUUAAUGCGGCAACAGACUUGGCGUUGUCACAGGGAUAAGGAGAAAUCGACUCCAAAAGAUUGAGUAACAACUCACGACUGUAUAAAAUAAAGUCUCUACAUUCGGAAUCCAAGAUAUCUCCUUGUAAAAUCGAAUGUGAUGUGUUAAUGUAAAUAGUUUUGGGACGAUUACGUAAAGGAUGAUUGAAGGGUUACUGGUUUCUGAAUUGAAGGUUCAGACUGUGUCAUCAUCGGUGAAACUACAAAGCUGUUUCUUGAUGUAAACAGUUCUUUGCAUCAAACGUAUCUUGGCACCUCCCAUUUUCUACUGAACAGAUCAUCAAGCGAAGAUAAAAUUGAGUGCAAUUUGAUCAAGACCAGCUAUUUCUCAAUAAAGAUUUUGUCAUUCUGCUUGUGACGAAUGUGCUCGUGAUAAUUAUUAUGUAAUUCACCUGAUCAAUUUUCAUCGAAAUUUUUGAUGUGGCAAGUUUCAUUGCUAAUUUGAUGUGGCAAAUCAUGAUAUUACAAUUAUGUCUACUUUUUUAUAAGAAGACUACAAUUUCAAACCCCACAAGGAAAAUGUUUUCUUGCUUCUUAUCGAUGAAAUUACAGUUUUUUAGGAAUAACUCCAUUUUGAAAAGCAAAGCUUUGGAAUCCUUUGAAUGAUAAAUGUCUUCCCGGGUUUUUUCUCUCGCUGUGUUGAGAUUUGCUGGAUAUUGAAAUUUUCCUUUCGUUUUCAUGUGGUUUUCCGUCUGGAAAUUUGAAGUGAAUCGAUUCAGUCCAAGUGUCUACUAAGUCUAUUAUUGAUCACAGAGAAUCAAUAAUUUCGGUCCAACAACGUACAAACAUACGUAUGUCAUUCCCUGGCAAAAUUUCAAUCAGGGUUGAAAUAGCUGUUCAAAAACCACCCCGUGUCGAGGUUUCGCAUAUAAGCUGAGGCACCAUGAAAUAAAACAUCCUUCUACACUUUUUUUAAUAAGAACUAGUAAAUUUAACUUCAGGCUGAUUGUUUUUAAUUCUUUCGAAAAUCUGAGGCUGGAUUGUUCAUAAUUUGUUCUUGAAUUAAUAGGGUGUAAGCACUAUGAUUGCUAGCUUUUUCGCUCUAGGGAGGUGUUCAGGCCUCAUUUGCCAACAAAGUAUGUGAGACAACCUUGAUUUACCGCCAUGUCUGAAUAUUCACCGAAGAAGCACCCA